AGGCUUUUCUCAGUCGUAUUUCUUUUUCAUUUUAUUAACUCUUCGACUGAAGUCUGUCCAGUGACCUUCCUAUUUCCUUCUGGACUUCCGCGUUGUGGUGGCGUUGGCGUUCAACGGUAUUGAAUCCUCUCUGGUCGCGAACGCAUCCUCUUAAAUCGUACUGGGCCGUCGCCCUCGCAUUGGUGCACCCGCUCGUAGAUCGAGGACCCUAGCACGCAAGCUCCCCUGUGGAUGGGAAUCUCGUGUACACACACUUUCCAGUCGUCUUGGACUGGUUUGCGUAUUUCUCUUUGAGUGUGGUGUUCUAACCGCCGUGGGAUUCCUUAACGAUUAACGGGCGUCGCCAGUGUUUUCGCGUCACAGAAACAUCGCAGACCCGGCCGAUCUAAAAGUCAUGAGCGCCGACGAAGGCGGAGACGCCAGCUCGAUGCCCACCAUAAACGGUGAACCCAAUCCCAUCACUUCCGAUCUACCGGCGCCGUCGACAACGGGAAAGCGAAAGCGCGUGCAGAGUCAUGAUGAGAAGUCUGCUCAAGAUCACAAUUCGCCUGCCGCCCAGUCGCAGGAAAAGACAAAACUCGCGGAGACUUUGCGAAAUGUCGUCAAGAUAUUGACUAAGGACGACGAGGAUCUCCAACUCCUGACGUGUCCGUUACCUUCAUCAUCUUCUAAACCGCGAUCGAAGCGAGCAAAGGUGUCUGAAGACAAGGACGAUUCUACCAACGCUACCAUACAGUCUCGAGUUGAUUCGGGCCGUUAUGGCACUGUUCAAGAGUUCUUGAGCGAUAUUGAGAAGGCGUCUUCCUCGGUUAUUGAAAGAAAACAAUCUCAAGGAGUCACCACAAAUGGUGGUUCGGCCGAAGGUGCACCCUUGACAGAGGUGGUUAACCGCAUAGCAGCGUUCAAGAAGACUUUGAAUACCCUCUUCCGUCAGGCAUCGCAUGAGAACAGAUCCGAUGUCAAAAUGGAACAUUCAGAAGAUGAUGCGGAGGCUCCAGCGAAAUUUCCUAGCUCGAAUGUGGGUGUUCGAGAAGAGAAAGUGGCAUUAACCUUUUUUGGGAACCCUUCGAACCCGAAGCAACUAUUCUCAAGUCUACAGAAAUCCGUGAAGGUUCCGCUACCUUCCUUGGAGGAUGGGCUGCAGAAAUCUGUGGAGGUGCAGACACCACUGCGAGAUAGUGCAUUACCAAACGGUAUCACCGCUACCAAAGUUGUUCCUUUUAAUCCGAGUACCACACAGAGAAAGUUUGGUGAGGUAUUCGCUCCACGCCUGACAUUACCUCAGUUGGAACCACCACGCAAGACCAGGCCCCCUUCCAAGAACUGGAUCGACCCUUUUGAUGCGGCAACGGAUAUAACAGCUUUCCCGGGGGAAUGGAACAAUUACUCUUUGGCAUAUCUUCCGUCGGGUCUUUGGCUGCAAUACGGCGGGAUUACUUCGUCCCCUUCUUUUUGGGACCGUAAACAAAAACAGCAGCCUUUAGAGCAACGUGACAGUGGAGAUGUUGCCAAGGAGAAGCCUGAAGACUCAACUUUGUGGACAGAAGAUGACCCGACUGCUUUGCAGGGUGUUUAUUCGUCGUUCGCACCUUCGUUUGACAGCUCUGGUGCUAUUUUACAAGUGGACUCGAAAGACCUAGUGUGGUGGAAUUCACGAGGGUCGAAGCGCCUGCAACAGCUACUCUCAAUACAACAAUCUGAAGGCUCUGGGGAACAGCAGCCUGACACAGUCGGCGAACUUGAUGAAAGUUCUCUCGAAGAGUGUAUCAAGGCUUUUGAACCUGAUGAAUCUGCAGGCGAGAUUGCGCGUAUUGAUGCACACAAAGACCAAAAAUUAAAUGAAAUGGAUGAGGUCCUGGGCGAAGUCUCGGAGCUGCUAGAAACCCUCAGCUCCUACCAGAGAAUCCGCAACUUGGACGCGCCAACUGCAAGUGGUCAGACUUCGAAAGGCGAGGAGAAAUCUCCAGACCUCGGCACCCCCAGCACGCCGUCUGAAGCGGAACAGUGUGUCUUUGAGACAUUGAAGUCCAGCCUGGUUGCUAUUGUCUCUAACCUGCCACCUUAUGCCGUUGCAAAAUUGAAUGGUGACCAAUUAGCAGAACUCAACAUUAGCCAGAGGCUAGUAGUUGACAACCCGGAUUAUUGCGGUACCAUGGAAAAGGAUGAUUUCACAUUACAGCAGGAGCGCGCAGCAGCUGUGGGCCAUGGAAACAUUCCGACCGGCCGGGCUUCUAUAACUUCCUCUUCGCGUUCUAGAAGUUACCAGGGGUCGCAAUCAGCGUAUAACCAACGCGUGUAUGCCGGCAAUACGCGCGUUCAGCAAACAGCGCAGUACUACGGAAGGCAGCCAGCCUCAGGCGCUUAUUCUCCGGGGCAAUUUUCGGGGCCUGUUGCACCGGCCACUCCAUCCCAGCGCUCCUAUAUUGCGCCGUAUUCAACUCCUCAAUACAAUCUCCAGCGACAAGCACAAAAUGGUUAUAAUCCCUAUUCGGGGCAGCCGGGUACACCGUCAGCGCAGGUGUCCCCGCAGCAAUACACAACACGGGGUCCUCAGCCCUACAACGCCGCGUUCGGUGGAGCGCGGAGUGCGUCUCCCCAGAAGCAGCCUACCUAUGGCGCUCAACAGCGAACGCCUUAUGCAGCCACAGGCGCCAACACCCCACAGCAGCGAUAUCUGGCUCAGCAACAACACCCCAACUACGCCAAUUAUCCAUCGAACCAAGCCCCGCCAUCCUCGACUCCUUACCAAGCUUCCACAGUCCCGGCGUCGUAUGCAAGAACUGCCUCUGAGCAAGCUACUCUGAUGGAUCGUAACAAGACACAGCUAGCAGCAAGCCAGAGUCGGCGAGGGUCUGCAACACCACAGCCAGGUUUCUCACGGCAGCAAUCGCAAAGCAGCGAACAGGGAAGAAGUGCCACCCCACGGAAGCAGACCAACACCCCUGUUCCUGCAUGAAGUGAAUAGAGUAAUGGUGAGGAUUAUACGAGUCCCUCAUGAUUCUUUUGACUUUUUUUCUUUUCUUUCUUUUCAAUCUCUUAGACGCGGGACUUGGGUAGCGGACAAUGUUAUGGAGUUGUCACAUUUCGUGUUGAUUGACAGUUAUUAUUAUCUGUUCUUUCUCGCCUCUUCAUCGGAACUGCUCCGUACUUGAGAUAUUAUUAGACCUUGUUGCCCUGCGAAGAACAAAAAAGGCUCAGUUUAUUGAAGCUCGCAUUGACUCGUGUUGUAUUAAUUCCGACGAUUAUGGACCUUGUUUUUAGAAGAGGAAGGCGACUUUACCUGUUUGAUCUGAUAUCAAACUAUUCGUAUCCAGCUUUUAUUAUUGAUUGUUCUGAUAGAGAACUCAAUCUUUUCUUUCCUAUUUUUUCUUCCUGCAGGUUCGAAAGUUAGUUAUCUUUAACUGCAGGGAUGAAUUACGUCAGCUAGAAAGUACUUCUAUGGAGACGUAAGGUAGCAAGCAGUUCACUCACUCGAAGAAUACAAUCAACC